CUGUCAUUGUAGUUAUGGUGGUUCUUUAAAGAUGGCGGAGUGUUUGGCUGCACGUUUGUCAGCUCAGGAGGAGCAAAUUCAGUUCCUCACCAGGGAAAUUGCCACUCUUCGGGAUGGACUAAGCCGAGGUCUAGACGGUGCCGAUGCUGCGGUCGUUUCCCCAGCGCUGGAGAGCCUGCGGACCGAGAACGAGAAGCUCAGGUACCGGCUCCUGCACCUCCGUCGAGGUCUGCAGGCUGAGCUGGACGAGGCGAAGAGGCAAGAAGGAGCUAGAUGUGUUGGAGCUCCGGAGAAAAACACCAGUAUAGAGCAGCAGACCAACAACCGAGCUGAUACUAAGAACAAGGUGGCAAUGCCCGAUUCCAAACCAGCUGACAGGAACAAGAAAGAGAAGAAGCAGAAAAAUGGACAAGGAGAGGGAGUUGUGAAAGAGCUCAGGCCCUGGCCUGAAUACAUUGUAGAGCGCCUCAGCCUCUAUGAAGAACUGAAGAGGGAGAAUGAUGCCCUUCUGGCAGAGAAAGCCGCAGAAAACAAGCCCAUUACUGUGGAACUGCCAGAUGGACGAAAUGUGGCAGGCAAGGCUUGGGUCACCACACCGUACCACUUGGCUUGUGACAUCAGCCAGGGCCUGGCUGACAACGCUGUGAUUUCUCGGGUGAACGGGGAGCUUUGGGACCUGGACAGACCUCUUGAGCAGGACUGCUCUCUUGAGAUCUUGCGUUUUGACAAUGAGGAUGCUCAGGCUGUUUAUUGGCACUCUAGUGCUCACAUCUUAGGGGAGGCAAUGGAGCGCUUUUAUGGGGGUUGUUUAUGUUACGGACCCCCCAUAGAGAAUGGUUUCUACUAUGACAUGUUCUUGGAUGGACAAAAGGGAGUGUCCAGCACUGAGUUUGGGGACCUGGAGACUUUGUGUAAGGCUAUGGUGAAGGAAAAGCAGCCCUUUGAAAGGCUUGAGGUCGCCAAAGAUACACUGUUGAAGAUGUUUAAGUACAAUAAAUUCAAGUGCCGCAUUCUGAAUGAGAAAGUCACAACCCCCACUACAACAGUCUACAGAUGUGGGCCCUUGAUUGACCUGUGCAGAGGGCCCCAUGUCAGACAUACUGGCAAGAUCAAGGCCAUGAAGAUCUACAAGAACUCUUCCACCUACUGGGAGGGUCGCGCCGACAUGGAAACAUUACAGAGGAUCUAUGGGAUUUCCUUCCCAGACUCAAAGAUGCUGAAGGACUGGGAACGUUUUCAGGAGGAGGCCAAGAACAGAGACCAUCGCAAGAUUGGCAAAGAUCAGGAGUUGUUCUUCUUCCAUGAUCUCAGCCCUGGCAGUUGUUUCUUCAUGCCACGUGGAGCCUACAUCUACAACACACUCACAGAGUUCAUCAGGGAGGAGUACUGGAGAAGAGGCUUUCAGGAAGUAGCCUCACCCAACAUGUAUAACAGCAAACUGUGGGAGACAUCUGGCCACUGGCAACACUACAGCGAAAACAUGUUCUCCUUCCCUGUGGAAGAUGACAUCUUUGCUCUCAAGCCCAUGAACUGCCCUGGGCACUGUCUGAUGUUCAGCCACAGGCCUCGCUCAUGGAGGGAGCUUCCUCUGAGGCUGGCAGACUUUGGGGUCCUCCACAGAAAUGAAUUGUCAGGAUCACUAACCGGGCUGACCAGAGUGCGGCGCUUCCAGCAGGAUGACGCUCACAUUUUCUGCACAAUAGACCAGAUUGAAUCAGAGAUGAAGGGCUGUCUGGACUUCCUCCGCUGUGUUUACGAUGUAUUUGGCUUCUCCUUCCAGCUCCACCUUUCCACUCAUCCGGAGAAGUAUCUGGGUGACAUUGCUGUGUGGAACCAGGCUGAGAAGCAAUUGGAGAACAGCUUGAAUGAGUUUGGGGAGCCAUGGAAGCUCAACCCUGGGGAUGGUGCUUUUUAUGGACCCAAGAUUGAUAUUAAGAUCAAAGAUGCUAUUGGACGUUACCACCAGUGUGCAACCAUUCAGCUGGACUUCCAGCUGCCUAUCCGCUUCAACCUGACCUUUGUGGGGAAGGACGGGGAUGACAAGGCACGACCAGUCAUCAUCCAUCGUGCAGUCUUGGGCUCUGUGGAAAGGAUGAUUGCCAUUCUCACAGAGAACUAUGCAGGGAAAUGGCCUUUGUGGCUUUCUCCGCGUCAGGUGAUGGUAGUGCCUGUCAACCCCUCCUGUGAGGAUUACGCCAAGACGGUCUGUAAGCAGUUCACAGAAGCUGGUUUCAUGUCAGAUGUUGACCUGGAUUCUGGCUGUCUUCUUAAUAAGAAAAUCCGAAACGCUCAGUUGGCCCAAUAUAACUUCAUUCUUGUGGUUGGAGAGAAAGAGAAGAUGACUAACUGUGUCAAUGUGCGCACGAGGAACAACAAAGUCCACGGAGAACUGUUGGUGGCCGAGGUACUUGCUCGCCUGACCCUGCUCAAACAAUCACGCUGUCAAAACGCAGAGGAGGAGUUCUGAUUGAGAUAAAAAUCAAACAAAAAAAAAGCAGUCUCUUGUAUUUGAAUAUGUCAGCCACAAAAGCAGUACAGGGAAAAAUGAUGGCACAUAUAAGGGUGGUACUAGGAAAGUGUAGUACAUAGAACAGAAGUCCAACAGAAACAGAUGAACUGGAAUUUUGUAAGUAAAUAUAAUGAAUGGGGCAGCAAAACAGCUUGCCCAUGUGAUAAUGUGUGGAGUGGAAAGGACAAGUUUUGUAUGUGGUGUUGCUAUCAAAACAAAGUAAGUCUAAAAAUAAGUUGCUUGAUGAUUUAAGGAAACAAAGUGAUCACUGUCAUGGUAAAGGUUAUGUGAAUUUGGCACUGAUUUAUUUUCACAAAGGACUUUCUAUAGUUAAAGAAAUAAAAUACAUCUGUUGAAUGUGAAAA